AUGGCGGCGGAGGCAGGACGGGGGCUCGCGCCGGCGGCCGCGGUCCGCGCGCGACUGAGUCUCGCGUCGACGGCGAAGAGCGGCGCAGAAGGCCAGCGGCGGGAGGGCAGGACGGGAGGUCGACAGCAGCGCGGGAGGGCCGCGACAACAGCAGCGCGGGUGGGUAGCAGAGGGGAGAAGAAUGAAAACGAAGCGAUGCCAGGAGUGCUCUCAUGUCUACCAAUUGCACGCAAGAAGAUUGCCAUGGCUAAUAGGAUGAAGAGUAUGAGAGAAGAAUUGAGGAAAAUAAAUAACAAAUUUCAUAGUUUUAAUUUCACACAGGGUGGCAGGACCCUUUCUGUUGAGCAGCGUUAUGAUAUUCGUGAAACAUCAUCACUUUUGCCUGAAGAACCAAUAAUAGGGAGGAAUGGAGAAAAACAGGAAAUCAUGAAACUGUUAUCGGCAAGUACCAACAACGAUGAGACAGUGAUUCUUCCUAUCUAUGGCCUUGGAGGUAUGGGCAAGAGUACUUUGGCACAAUUAGUUUACAAUGAUGCCCAAUUCAAGAAGUAUGAUCAUCGUAUAUGGGUUUAUGUGUCCCAGGAUUUCAGUUUAACGAAAAUAGGAAGCUCUAUAAUUUCUCAACUUCCAAUUGAAGGUGGUCAGCAGAGUUGGGAUACACUGCACGUGAUAAAUCAGUGCCUUGAGAAGAACCUACACUAUGGCAAGAAGGUCCUUAUUAUUUUAGAUGACUUGUGGGAGGAAAAGGACGCCGAGUUGGGGAAACUGAGAAGUAUGCUUCAUGUGGGAAAGAAGGGCAGUAUGAUAGAUGUCAUAGUAACCACACGCAAGGAAGACAUUGCAAGAAAAGUUUCCACCAGUGAACCAUACAAGCUGCAGCCUUUGAAGGAUGAUACUUUCUGGGAAAUAAUUAAGAGAUAUAGUAAGUUUGAACAGAAAAAUAACCAAGAAAGACUGGAGCAGAUAGGAUUGGAUAUUGCAGCGAAAUGUGGAGGCGUGGCAUUAGCAGCUCAAGCACUUGGAUACAUGUUGCAAACCAAAGGCCUGUCUGGAUGGGCAGAAAUAAACAACAGUGAUAUCUGGAAUGAAUCUUCUGAAGACAAUGGUGGUGUGCUUCCGUCCUUGAAGUUAUGA